GGAAAACUUGUAAAAAAUAUUUUCGUUUGAAUCGAUUUCUAGAAUUUGGAAGGCUCGCAAUGAAAUAAUUACCACGAGCAAGGGGCUCAAGUUUUGCACUCUACAAAGAUAUAAUUUGAUCAAUUACUAGGAUGAUGCGCAACAGGCCCGGCCCUGGUGGAGGAUUGCUUGGAGAUGGUCCAAGGAUGGGUGCAAUGCCAGCUGCACCAGCAUUCCAAGGGGGCAGAGGUAAUCCUGGGCUGUUGGGUCAAGCACCUCCAGUUGUGCGAACUCCACAGUCCAACCAACAGCGGGGCCUACUGGGCACACCGCCAGCCAGCCAGGCUUAUCAGCCGCAAGGGAGACCAGCUGGGCGGAGUGGCAUGGGGGCUCAAUUGCCACAGAGACCGUAUGUCCCCCCUCCGCAAGCUCGAGAAGUGGUGGAGGACCAAGGGUACUUCGGGGAACAACUUGUGGAGGAGGCAUAUGUGGAGCAGGAAGGGAUGUAUGAAGACCCCUACGUUGAGCCUGCACAGUAUGCUGAAGGUGAGGGAUAUCUGGAGGAGGAAUAUGUGGAGCCGUAUCAGGAGCAUGCCCAGGCUGACGUGGAAGAGUACUAUGAGGAAGAGGCUGACAGGGCUGAUCUGAUGGAGUAUGCGGCCGGUCAGAUAGCCGAGGACUAUCAUAAUGAACAGCUGAUAGAGGAAGAGCAGUAUGUGGAGGAGGGGUACGGGGUGGAGUAUGAACAGCAGCAUGUAGUCCAUGAGCAGCCCUUGCAUCAUCCAGCUAGGGGUGUGGACAGGGGGUUGCUGGACGGUCCUAUACGUGAACAAGUUAGGGGCCCAGACAGGGGAUUACUUGAGGAUCCUAUGCGUCAACGUGCCAGGGGGGGAUUACUUGAAGACCCUCCAAUGGUAGACUAUGAGCCGUACAAUCGUCAGGAUCAGAAGCAGUUUGGCGGCCAGCGACCAGGUGCCAGACCUCAGAAUGCCCAGUAUGAAAAGCAGCUCCCACACCAUCCCCCGCCACGCCCACCAGCGCAUAUGGAGCAGAGGCUACCAAUUCAUCCACACAGGGAUGCCAGAAAUGAUGCCAAUCAACGUAGACAAGGUCUUUUGGAGAGUCCAAAAGCUCCACCGCCGCGUCGCGGGGACGGGCUGUUGGACCCUCCAGAUAUGAGGCCCCUGGGUAGGGAACUGACAGCCGGGAAGGGGCUUCUAGACCCACCCUCCAUGCAGCCCCCAGUGAUGCCAGAACCCCUGAGGCAGAGUCGUUGGUCACAGGACAACUUACAGCAAAGGCCCAGGUCCAAUGAGCGUAACCAAGCCAGGCAAAAUGAGCGAAAUCAAACCGGGCAAAAUGACAGAAAUAAAGGCAGACAAAAUCAGCUUAGGCAAGACAGGCCAAGUGAGCGAAAUCAAGGCAGGCAGAAUGAACGUGUGGGUAGGAACAUGGGAAGAACAGCUGAACAAGAGGACCCGAGACAGAACGACUUAAUGAGUCUGGCUGAGAUUCAGAUGAAGAUGCUGGAGCAGGAGAAAGCCCGCAGCAUGGAGCUCGAGCAGGCAGAGCGGAUGUUUCAGCAGCAGCAGGUGAUGAUGAUAGCUCAGCAGCAGUUGGAGCAGCAGCAGUUCCUUCAGCAGCAACAGGAGCAGCAACUACUGCAGCAGCAACAGGAGGCUCAGAGUAUCAUGGCUAUGAGUGGUACAUUUCCUGGUGGAAGUAUCCCAUCAAUAUUUGAUGUCUCGACCGGCAGGAACCAGAGUCAGCUAGGCAAGAGGCCUGGGGCUGAUGGCAGGCGGGGCGAUAACAAACGGCUUAGGACACAGUCUGCAGAAAACAAUGAUAGAAACAAAACAUCAGCCAUGCGUCCCAGAGGUCCUGCUGGCAAGCAGCAACAAUUGAAAAACUCGCCGCGAGAUCGUAAAAAUCGACCUUCCAGGUUUUCUUCCCCGACCAGCCGAGACCGAGACCGAAGAGACUCAGGCAGCAAUAGAGGGAAGGGAUCAUCAGGCCCACGGGGUCGCAGCGAGCGCGGGGAACGCAGAAGUCGCGAACGUUUGUCACUGGAUUCAAAACCCAAAUCAGACAGUGGCAAGAAGUCCACUGAGCGCAAGACCGCAAACAAGGAAGGGGUGAAGUCCAAGGAGGGUGAGAAGAAGCCAGUGGUCAAGGAGAAUAAGGAAGAGUACGAUCCUGCCAACCCUACUGGAGAUAUCCCUGAAGAGCUGAUUGUAAAGAAGCCAGCCUCUUUGAAUGCAGAUAAGACCGUAAUCACCAUAGAAACCAGUGAGCAGACAGAGCAGGCUGACAGCCAGGUGAAUAAAGACGUUGCCCAGGACGAUGGCCAGGAGAUAAGUCUCAAAGUGACUGUCAAUAAGAAGGGACGCUCUGUCAAUGACAAGGAAAAGCAGACAGAGAAGAGAAAGCUGAUCAAGUGCAAUGUGUGCAACAUUGACUGUUGGGAUGAAGAAAGCUUCGCACGUCACAUGAACGGUCAGAAGCAUCGUCAGAAGAUGACCAUGGUGAUGAUGAACACAACACACCAGGUUGACCUCGUGUUGUCACGGAAACAGGCAGAGGAGCACCUGCGACAGAUCGAGGGGAGCAAGCUACGGUCGCCCCCUGCCAAGCCUGCAGCAGCAGAGAAAAGCAUCAAGACUCAAGAGAGUCACUGCAAGACGUGUAACAAGAAGUACACUGGGCCAUACACAGACCACAAGGAGAUGCCAGAUCACAAGGCAAGAGAGAUGCGCGCCAGGGCUGGUUGCAAGGUGUGUAAUGUGACCUCCUUCAGUACCUUCAUAGACUUCACAAAGCACCUAGAGAGCUCCUGGCAUAGGAAGAAAGUAAAGAAGGAAGACUGGCCUGAGUGCAAACUGUGCAAACAGACAUUUAAGUCUCCUAGAAAAUUUGUACGCCAUUGUAAAACGCAACACCAUCAGGAGAACAAGAGGAAGCAGCGUGACGAGGGCAAGGACCACGACGACCUUGGUGACCUUGUUACCCUGGAUAUCGUGGGGUUUGAGGAUGAUCUGAACGACUCCAUGAGGAGUACUGAGAGCAAGAAAUCAGACAAGAAGGAAGAGAGCUCUGCCAAGACUGCAGAUAAAACUGAGGACAAAGAGGAAGUGAAAGAGUCGUCAGCUGUUCGUGAAAGGUCAGAUUCUUCAAAGGACGGGGAUCUACAGAUUCCCGGGGAAUAUGACCCUAAUGUGGCGUGUGGUCAGACAUACGUGGUACCAGUGAUAGGGUUCUUCUGCAAGCUGUGUCACAAGUUUUACAACAAUGAGAACGCAGCCAAGGUGGCCCACUGUCAGUCUCGGCCACACUUCGACAAGUUCAAGAAGAUUAUGGCAGCUAAGAUAGCCAAACUGAAAUCAAAACCUGUACCUGUGGACACUAAAGAGGAUGCAAAAGACAAUGGACCAAUUGAGACAACUGAAGACAAGCCUGCAAAUCACAUCAGCAACGAGGAAAAGGAUGUAACUAUGCCGGAAACAAAUGGCGAUACUGCUGCUGAGGUGCCCAAACAGGCUGAUCAAGUGGACAGCAAUAAAUCUGUCGAGCCAGCAAAUGAAGAGGAGUCAGGGGAAGUAAGUCUUGAUAGCACACAGGAAAUGGAUGCCAUGGAAGUAGACACUGGGCCCAGCAACGCAGCAGACGACACUCUAGAGGAGAGUGAUUCAGGAGGGGAUAUAACCAUUAAGGAGGAACAUCAAGAGGAGGAGGAGGAGGUAGUUGUUACCAAGGUGACUGUGCCCCGAGCCAGGAGAGGGGGCGCCACACCUAGGGCUAGAAGGGGCCGAAGGGGACACUGAAUGGACUCUUGUCAUAACUUGAAUCGGGUUCCUCAUGUUGGCUUUUGUUUUCUUGUUGACAAGUUCGAAAAUUGCAAGCCCAACUGGCUGGUAACUUUAAUAUGUGAAAUUUGAAGACUGAUAUACCAAUGUAUCGACAAUUAUGUGUCAUUGGAAUAUUUUUUACAUGUUUUCUAAUUGCAAGUUUUUUGUUUUUUAGAUGAUUGUCCAAUUUGUUUUAUUUAAAUUUUAUUGAGAGCUAAUGCAAUAAUACAUGGGUGAAAGUUUUCAGUAUUAAUACUGAUUUCAGUAUUUUGCAUAAUUUUUGUCCUUAAUGAACUAUAGUCAAAACUGUUAUGUCAUCAUUAUUCGACCAGAUUUCAGUAUUUUUAAAAGUCUGCACUUUCACCCAUGCUGAAUAAACAACAAUUUGUUGAUGCAUAAAUCAAUUGUUUAGUUUUUUCAAGAAAUGUUUUAUGUCUUUUGUGUUUCCGAAGAAAAUAUGUUUUACACCCAGUUAUGAAUCUUUAUAUAAAGGCCCUUCAAAUUCUUUUGGAUUUUCAAUAUUCAGCCCUUCUGUUUAAACACAACUUUUUUAGGUUGAUAUGAACAAAAUUGUAUAUUGGGUUUUAUUGAGAUCAAUUUCUUAUAUGUGUAAAUUAAAAUUUAAUUUCUUCAAAAGCUUAUUUUUGUCCCCUACUGGUUUCACCGGAGGGGACUUAUGGUUUGUGCUUUGUGUGUCUGUGAGUCUGUCUGUCACACUUUUCUGGAUCCUGCGAUAAUUUUAAAAGUUCUUAAUAUUUUUUCAUGAAACUUGCAACAUAGAUAGAUGGCAAUAUGGACAUUAAAUUGUGGUUGCUAUGGCAACCUGAAAAUGGUGGAAUAUCUGACAAUCGUGGAGCCGGUAGGGGACCAUAUUGCUUGACAAUAGCCUUGUCUUUCAUAUUUGCUUGAUAUAAACAUGUGAAAUAAUUUUAAAUAAAACUUGUCUGUUGU